AUGCGCCAAGUUGAUCGAGUUCGGCCCUUGAUGAUUACCUCUGGCAUAAAUGCGAGGACUUUUGCUGUACUUUUAUGUAGGUGGCUGCUCAUGAAGCUCGAGGACGGCGAAGGUAGGUUCGCCCGCUUGCGUUUUUUACAUCGCGCGACCAGAGAGUUGCUCGGAGCUGUCCGGAGAUGCGAACCAUCCAACCUGGGCCUCAGGCCUCAAAAUCCGGCUUUUGGUGAUCAUGAUAUAUUACAUAAUAAUGCUAAACACCAAUUGCCGUCCCAUGCGGCAUAUCUCUUUGUUUCCGUCCAACAUGCAGGCCCUUUAUACGCACUGUGCGAUUUCAGUUAG